CACUUCCGGUUAAAAACAAAUCAGUGAGAUCAGUCUCCCGAUUGGUCGAAUUUAAAAAUGAGACCGGGACAGUUUUGGACGACAACAGAAGACGGAAUUUCGUUGCGAAACAAAAAAAAAGAUCUGUCACGAUGAUAGAAUCAGGUUGUCACAGCACAUUGGAAAACGCAGAGGAGAGAGAAAUUAACGUCGACGACCUGAGGAAAGAUCUUUUCUCAGAGUUUCACUCACAGGAGUCGUGCCUAGGAGAGAACGAGCACUUGCAGGUGUACCUCCGCAUUCGACCGUUCGCAUCAAUUGAAAGAGAAAAUGGCGAAUCGCAGGACUGCGUUUCCAUUGAGCCCCCGGACAAGGUGCUCCUCAAGGCUCCAAGGACUUCCCUCUCAGCAAGGCUUAGUGACAAAUCAGUCCCUCAGACAGCUCAACGGUUCCAGUUCUCACAGGUGCUGGGGCCAGAAACCUCUCAGAAGGAGAUGUUUGAUGGCACAGUGAGAAGUCUGGUCAAGGAUGUUUUGGAAGGUGGAAAUUCUCUGGUGUUCACAUAUGGAGUCACAAAUGCUGGAAAGACAUUCACAUUUCUAGGUACAGAGACCAACGCAGGGAUCCUGCCAAGGUCUUUGAAUGUCAUCUUCAACAGCAUUGAGGGCCGUGUUUACAACCAGAUAACUAUCAAGCCACAGCGAUGCAGAGAGUUCAUCAGGCUCACUAAAGACCAGCAGAGUGAAGAGGCCACUAACAAGAGAAAUCUCUUCAGGCUCCUCAAGGAGAGUGAUAACCCGAAAAGCUCCACCAGCCAGACAAGCAAGACAACCCUGCAAGGGUCCACACUAAGUGACAUUGAGAGGACUGUGACUGAAGACUCUUUCAGUCUGGUUGUUGACGCACACACCAAGUUCUCAGUCUGGGUGUCCUUCUGUGAAAUCUACAACGAGAAUAUUCACGACUUGCUGGAGCCCGUACCGAUCGGGGCCCUGAAGAGAUCCACGCUGCGGCUAUCACAGGAUGUCAAAGGCAACUCCUUUGUAAAAGAUCUGAAGUGGGUACAAGUGAACAAUGCGGAGGAAGCCUACAAGGUGAUGAAGCUAGGAAAGAAGAACCAGAGCUUUGCCAGCACAAAGCUCAACCUCCUCUCAAGCAGGAGCCACAGCAUAUUUUCUGUUCGUAUCCUGCGGAUUGAAGAUGCUCGGAUUCCUCGCGUUAACUCUGUCAGCGAGUUGUCCCUGUGUGACCUGGCUGGGUCUGAGCGGUGUGCUAAAACGCAGAAUAAAGGGGAGCGUUUGAAAGAGGCAGGGAACAUCAACACAUCGCUGAUGACGCUGGGCAAGUGUAUCAACGCCUUACGUCAAAGCCAGCAAUCCAAGCUGCCACAGCACAUCCCUUUCAGGGAGAGCAAGCUCACCCACUACCUGCAGGGCUUCUUCUGUGGGUGGGGCAAAGCCUGCAUGGUAGUCAACAUCAACCAGUGUGCCUCCAUGUACGACGAGACGAUCAACGUGCUCAAGUUCUCCGCCGUGGCUCAGAAGGUGGUGGUGCUGACAUCCAAGACCGUCCCCCAUCUCGCCACCAAGACGUCGGCCCGGGAACUGUCCAUGAUCGUCGACCAAGCAGACAGGAAGAAUCUGUUGGGUCGGCGGAGAAGGAGCUCCCUGGUUGGCUGGGAGACCAGUCUGGAGGAUGUACAGGAGGAUGUUGAUGGCAUGGAAGAGGAGAACACGGCAGAGGACAGCGUGAUUGAGGAGACCAUGAAAGAAGUGGACGAUGACAAGUUUCUCAUCGAUAAAGAUGCUUAUGAGAGCCAACUCCUCCAGUUGAAGGAGCUCCGGAAACAGCUCCAGAAAGAGAGGUCUGAAAACCUGGCUCUGGAAUCCCGGAUCCGUGACGAGGUCACAAAGGACUUCUCGGAGCUCUUCUCUGAAAUGCAGACCGACUACAAGGAACGUCUGGCCAAAGAGAAGGAGAUUGUCGAGGAGAGAGCGGAGAGGCGUCUAGAGAUCCUGAAGAAUCUAGUGAACAAGAACACCAGUCAAGAGGAGCUGGAAAGAACCGAUGAAGAACUGGACAGAGCAGAGCGAGCCACGAAGGACAGCUCGUCGUUGGGAGGCAUGUUUGACUCCAUGUGCAGUGACCUGGCUGGCAUAAAGAUGGCGGCUGAGACGUGCAAGACAUGUCUGGUGGUCGCCCACCUAAGUAGUGACACCGUCUCCAACCUCUCAGAGCAGCUGCCUGUCAAAACCAAUGAACUGGAAAAUGAUUGCAGACGAGCACCGCAAUCAAACGAACAGCUUGACGAGGCUAGGAAGACUCUAAAGUCUCAGGAGCUGAAGUUCUCCGACCUCGUGGAGGUGUGUCAUGAGAAGGAUGAGAUGAUCUCCUCGCUUCGGAACACCGUGGACCAGCAGGUCAAAGACACUAUCAAGGAUAAGACUACAUUCGACAGCAUCAAGGAUGAGCUCCGGCGUCUGAAGAGCAGCUGCACUUGUUCCGGAGGGGAGAAGAGCAGCUCUCGCACAGAGAGCCGUAAACGGCUGGUGGACCUCCAUCCGGACCUGGAGGAACAGCCCCCUAGCAAGAAAGGAUUCCAUGGGGAGGAAGAGGAAGAGAUGGACAGAUUGCGCUGGGAGCAGGAAGUGAAAUCCUCAGAAGUGGCGCGACUAGUAGACACACUGCAGCUUGAUCAGGUAGCACACGGAGAGGGUGACUGGAAUGUGCCGGAGAACAAUAUCUCCUGUAUGGAGGAACAUGAGCUGAAAGCUGAGCUGGAGGCGCAGACGCGUGCUCACGAGGAGGCCCUGUCCGCGGUGGUGGAGAAUGCCAGGCUACUCCAGGAACAGGGAGACUUGCAGUGGGAGAUGAGCACACUCCGAGGGGAAUCCCAGGAUCUAACUGGGAAGCUGCAGGCCCUGGAGAGGGAGGUCAGUCUGCAGACGGCCAGAGCAGAAAAAGCUGCCGAGGACCGACAGGCCACGCAUGACCACGAGCUCAGAGAGAAAACUGCCCUUAUUGACUCCCUGAAACAGGAAGUGGCACGCCUAGGGCAGGAAGUUGUGGCCUCUCAAGCUGCGUCGGGAGUACAAAGGGACAGCAGGCUUCUCAGAGACAAGAUGGCGGAACUGAAGAGGGAAUGCUCAGAGGCCCUGGAGGAGAGGCUCUUGCUGAAAGAGAAACUGGCCCAACAGCAGAUCAUAGAACAGGAGCUGAAAGAGAAACUGGCCCAACAGCAGAUCAUAGAACAGGAGCUGAAAGAGAAACUGGCCCAACAGCAGAUCAUUGAACAGGAGCUGAAAGAGAAACUGGCCCAACAGCAGAUCAUAGAACAGGAGCUGAAAGAGAAACUGGCCCAACAGCAGAUCAUAGAACAGGAGUUGGGGGAGCUGAAGGAGAAACUGGCCCAACAGCAGAUCAUAGAACAGGAGCUGAAAGAGAAACUGGCCCAACGGCAGAUCAUAGAACAGGAGCUGAAAGAGAAACUGGCCCAACAGCAGAUCUCAGAACAGGAGUUGGGGGAGCUGAAAGAGGAACUGGCCCAACAGCAGAUCUCAGAACAGGAGUUGGGGGAGCUGAAGGAGAAACUGGCCCAACAGCAGAUCAUAGAACAGGAGUUGGGGGAGCUGAAGGAGAAACUGGCGCAACAGCAGAACAUAGAACAGGAGUUGGGGGAGCUGAAGGAGAAACUGGCCCAACAGCAGAUCAUAGAACAGGAGUUGGGGGAGCUGAAAGAGAAACUGGCCCAACAGCAGAUCAUAGAACAGGAGCUGAAAGAGAAACUGGCCCAACAGCAGAUCUCAGAACAGGAGUUGGGGGAGCUGAAGGAGAAACUGGCCCAACAGCAGAUCAUAGAACAGGAGUUGGGGGAGCUGAAGGAGAAACUGGCCCAACAGGAACUGACCUUGGAGCAGCUUAAGGUGGAAAUGGAGGCUAAAGAAGAGGCCCACGUUGACAGCAAGAACUCUGUAGCAGAGGGGCUGAGGAAACUAAACUCUGAACUGGAGGUUGAGGUUGCGACCUUGAAGGGAAAGAUGGCCUAUCUGGAGGAAGAGGAGCGCACCCGCCAAACAGAGAGGGAGGUGGCUGUAACCGUGUCCCAAACGGAGAGAGUGACAGAGUUGGAGAAGAUACUGUUCAACAAGGAGGCGGAGGUGUCGGGCCUGCAGAGGAGCCUGAGGGAGGCGCAGGAGAGGUGGGAGGAUGAGGAGACCGCUGCGGUGCAGGAGGCUCGUAGGAGGGAGGUGGAGAGGAGGAGGGAGCUGCUGGCCGUGGCUGAAGAGGCCAUCGCUCAGAAGGACUCUGAGCUGAAGAAGAGAGCCCAGGACAUCACCAGAUUGAAGGAGACCAUUAAACUUGACUCGGACAAAGUGAAGAGUUUGAGCCUGGACCUUGAGAGGAAAGACGAUGAAGUUUCUGAUCUCAAAGAAAAGCUGUCCGACUCUAAAAAACAGAUACUGCAAGUUCAAAAGGAGAUCGUCUUGGAGAAAUCUCUCAAACUGAAACUGCUGGACUUGGAGAAAGUGAGGAAACAGCAGCAGGCAGACUUGGCCAACAAAGACCGGACCAUACAACAACUGAAAUCUGAACGUUCUGCUGACUCCAAGUCUGAGGAGAACCUAAAGCUGUAUCAGAACGCCUGCACCGACCUUCAGGCUAAGGAGCGUUUGAUUGAGGACAUGCGUCUGGCUCUGACUGAGCAGGAGGACACCCAGACCCAACAGGAGCAGGUGCUGGAGGCUAAACUGGAAGAGAUCGACGCCCUCACAGAAGAGGUGGAGAAAGUGAAAGGGCUGUUACGCUACCAGGACAAUAGAAAAGACACUGUGGCCCUGAGAGACGGCCAAUCGGACGAAGCCAAAUUAGCCAAACAGGAAGCCGUUCAGGCUCAAGUGACCUUGAAGCUGUGCACUGAGAAGCACCAGGCUGACAGGAGGAAGUGGCUUGAGGAGAAGAUGGUUCUGAUCCGGCAGGCCAAGGAGGCCGAGGACAAGAGGAACCAGGAGAUGAGGAAGUUCGCAGACGGCCGUGAGCGACACGCCAAACAGCAAACUCAAGUGGAAGAUCUGGUGGCCCAGCUCGAUGAGAAGGAGCAGGACCUAGUGAAGUGGAGGAAAGAGAGGGACUCCCUGGUGACCGCUCUGGAGGUCCAGCUAACCAAACUCGUCUCCAACAUCGCAGACAAGGACGAACAGAUAGCCAGUCUCCGCUGCAACGCCACCUCUCAGCCAGCAGAGAAGCACCAUGGCCAGGUGGAGGUUGAGGAGCUGCAGAGCCUUCUGUCUGAGAGAGACGCUGAGAUCCUUAAGCUGAAGGAACAACUGAUGGCUGUAGCCAAAGCAAGUGGCAACGUCUCAUCUGCGCCUCCCACUAAGCUCAGAGAGACCGCCGCUCUGACUAAAGCAGAGGAGUGCCCUCCCAAAGUCAGUGAGAGAACUCUCCACGACGACAACAGUGAACUAGUACAUGGAGUGAAGACUGAGAAGAGGACCAGUCAGGGGUCUGGGGGCUACCCGUCGGUGCUAGACUCCUCAGAGAUCAUAACGGAGGGAGGCAGGACCAGCCGCUUCCCCAAGCCUGAGCUCGAGAUCUCCUUCAGCCCGCUGCAGCCCAACAGGAUGGCCCUGAAACGCCAGGGAGAGGACGUGAUCAACGUCAAAAUCACCCGCAAGAGGAAGAGCUCUGAUAUUGACAAGAAGAAAGGUUGGCACAGUAGGGCUAAACAGAGAGCGACACGUGAGCUCUCAUCUCAGGAUGAGGUGAACAACGAGAACCGAAGGAACACCAGAACCCGGAUGCAUUCUAAACUGGCUGUGCAUCAAGAGGAGACCUCUCCGGCGAGGGGCAGUAAAGACCCGGACUCCAUUAAGCCCCAGGACUCCCAGUCCAGCCUUCGGAGCAGGAAAGAAGGAACGAUGCAGAAGAUCGGCGACUUCCUCCAGAGGUCCCCAACGUUUUUCGGUAGCAAGGCUAAAAAGAUAAUGGGAUUGGUGAGUGGGAAGUCCCCAGAGACUGAGGAGGGCGGGGCCUCCAUGAACUUCAGACCCAAGAAGUCCAAGAGGAAGCUUUACAGACCAGAGAUCUCCUCCCCCAUGGACUUCCCCUCCCACCCGAUCAUCAGUGGAAGUCCAGACGAGAGAGAGGGUGACCAUCUCAUCAUCAAGAGAAAACUCCGGACUAGGACUGCUAAAUGAGUUCUCUGUUCCACAGCGAGGAUGUCAUCCAUGCUGCUCUUAUGGUAACAGGGAAAUUAAAUAAUCGAUUUUGUUGGUGUAAUGAAGGAUAUGUUGAGUUUUUAAAAAACAACUUAAUAUCGGUUAGGUAGUUAUCAGUUUGUUUUCAUAUAGCCUUCAUUUAUCACUUUAAUUUAUAUUUGAUUUUAUUUCAAUAUAUUUUAUGUUGCACAUAGUGGGAUUAUUUCUUUCAUUUGUGUGAUUUUAACACUAUCAUUUAUGGACCAAGUAUGUUUUAUUCUCAGUCCAGAACAUUUUGGUAAUGUACUCCUCUGAAGAUGUACACGUCAACGAUAUUCAUGUCAAAAAAUAAACCCAAGAUGGUUUUUGUUGUUGUUCAUAAUGAAUGUCUUACUAGGGACAACCACUACCGAAUCCUCUUUUAGUGGUGAAUGUGUUGAUUAAUGCAUGGUGUAACAUAGAUAUAGAGCCCCUGUUCAAUCAGCGUCAUAUCUGGGCUAAGACCGAACAUCAUUACGAACUGCUUGGUUU